AUGGAAAAAGUUCAAGCGCUACUAGAUGAUGAGGAGAAGAAAAUAUUUACCGAAUUAAACAAAAAGGAAGGUGGCUUUCUGCGUGAGGUACUUAGACACAUAAAAACCUUUGCAUUGAAAUUAUAUGAAAUGCAACAAGUAAUAGUGACAUAUUAUGAAGAUGACGACGAUUCGGAUUGGAAAGCCUUUUUCGGCGAUGAUCCCAAAACAAAAAUAUUCUAUAAGUUAUACUGA